AUGGGCGUGGGGCGCCAGAAACAGGAGGCGCACGGCAUUCCGCGCAAAAAUGCCGCAACGACGUUCAAGGCAUUCGCUUCGUGGGUUAAAGUGCAGUGGGCACGUUUGGCCCGAACGGACAGCACCUGCGCCGACACAUCGACAUACCUGAUUCAGAAGGGAUACGUGCAGCGGGCUCGGCAGUGCUGGCACUUUGCUGCGAGCUCCUUCUUGUACAGCGUUUUCGGGGCCUACCUGAUGCUGUCCGCCGAAGCCAUGGACCAAAAGUUUCCCGAUUUCGCCGGACUCUGGUGGUGGGAAGGUUUCUUUUUGGUGGUGCAGGGACCGAUAUCGUAUUGGAACGAUGUCCACAGCUUUGGCCUUGACUGGACCGCGUCAACUGUAUUGCUUCUUUUUUGCGAGAAAUUGAUUUAUGCGAAUGUGUAUGCGUUGUUUUGUGCCCCAAACGUCUGGAUCAUUCGUGUUGUUCUCCUUCCUUGUCCUCCACACCAGUUGAAUGUUAGCAUUUUCGUGAAACAGCCCCAGUCAGCAGUUUCAGCAGUUGGCUUCAACUUCAUGCAUCAACUCAAUUAUGUGCCCCUAAAUUCACCAGGUUGACCGUGCCAGUGCCAUGACGAUGUUUAUGGUUCAGUGCAGCCACUGGCUUUUCCUGCCCAUUGAGUACCCAACGAACUGGGUGCUAUUUUCCAUGUUGUGGGGUGCGGGAUUCGUUUUCCUCACAGCCGCAACCCACUUCGGCGAGUGCCUCGCAGCUAGUGGUCGGUUGGGCGGGUUGCCGGAAGUCAGCAAUACCUCGGUUUCCCCGAAGAUGUCGAAUCGCGCGAGCUCCGUGACGGAUCGCCGACAGCGUCGGAGCAGCAGAAGACAAGGACAAAAUGCAAAGGCAAAAAGGACAACCGCGACUCGGAAUCGGACACCGGUCAGGCGGGGAGGGGGCUCCGACCUUUCGGAACGGGGUCAAGUUCUUACAGGCAGCAGGUCCAGUGCUAGAGGACUCGGCGUUUCAUCGGGAGAGGCGCCACCAGCCACACUGAGGAAGGCAGACGCAGGCGAAGCGGGACUGUUGAUGGAGAAGGUCGAGCGGCAUUUUCAACAUUACCUUUUCUGGCAUACACUUUGGCAUGUGGUGCUCCCCGUGCCCGGCCUGGUUAUCUUGGCUGUCUUUCGCUCGCAAGCCGGGCUGCCUCUUUUGCCUUUUGAUGUGCUGCGUCGUUUCUUCUCGUGA